AUGUCGGUGUUCAUGCGGUGCUGUUUGGCGAGCUCGAGCCAGUUGGGCUCGGAGCUGUCCAGCGCGUCGGUGACAGACUUGGAGUAUUCCUGGUACUGUUGUUCCUGGUUUUCCUGGCCCUUCCAUGCAGAUCCAACGAGCCACCAUUUACCCUUCUCCUUGAUGCUUUCUAUGUCGUUGAGAGAAACUUUGAUCGGGUCGCCCGACCUGAUCCGGCCGAGCUGUUUCUUACAUCUGGUAACAAGACCAGAAGUUGCUUCCGACUCGAUGCUCUUCAGCUUGUUGUUUUUCAGAUUGGAAACGGUCUCCACCAAAAACCGUGCUCUGGUGCUGGAGUUGGCAGCAACGUUCUUGUUGAGCAAAAGGACGAUUUCCUUUAAGGAAGUUGGAUCGUCCGAUCUUAGUUUGUAUCCACAGGACCGGAUCAGCUUGAGAAGCAGCUCGGUUCUGAACUCUGUUGGGUUGGAAAUCAACUUGUCCAAAAUUAUGUCGUAA